CAGGAGACGGUCAAAGACUGCAGACAUGAUACAGGAGAGGAGACGGUCAGAGACUGCAGACAUGAUACAGGAGAGACAUACGGUCAGAGAGACGGCAGACAUGAUACAGGAGACGGUCAGAGACUGCAGACAUGAUACAGGAGACGGUCAGAGACUGCAGACAUGGUAUAGGAGACGGUUAGAGACGGCAGACAUACUACAGGAGAUGGUCAGAGACUGCAGACAUAGUACAGGAGAUGGUCAGAGACAUUGCUUUUGAUCUGCAGACAUGGUACAGGAGAUGCUCAGAGACGCAGACAUAGUACAGGAGAUGGUCAGAGACUGCAGACAUGGUACAGGAGAUGGUCAGAGACUGCAGACAUGGUAGAGGAGAUGGUCAGAGACUGCAGACAUACUACAGGAGAUGACCAGAGACUGCAGACAUAGUACAGGAGAUGGUCAGAGACUGCAGACAUGGUUUCAGGAGAUGGUCAAUGAGACUGCAGACAUGGUACAGGAGAUGACCAUCAGACUGGUACAGACAUAGUACAGCUGAGAUGACCAGAAA